AUGUACAUCUGCCGUCUUUCGCGCAACAUUCAAAUCAUUCCAAGCAAGGAACGUCCCAAAAAGCUCAUCCUGGUAAACAAUCGGAACGAGAAGUUCUUCUUCCUCUGCAAGCAAGAAAAGAAGGGCGACAUUCGAAAAGAUCUCCGAAUGAUGGAGUACAUCACCAUCGUCAAUCGGAUCCUCGCUGCCGACUCGCAAGGAGAGGGGAAGCAUCUCCAGCUCUGCACCUUCUGUGUCACAUGUCUCUCCGAAAACAGCGCGCUGAUCGAGUGGGUUCCCAACUCGGAGCCCAUUCGACGCAAAAUCGACCGGCUUCGCGAGCUCAAAGGCUGGUGCUCCAGCAGUUCGCUGGCUCUCCAAUUGAAGAACGACUUCCAACACGUGCAGGACUUAUUCGCGAAGAAGCAGCAAGAGUCCGCGCUCUCGCUGUACAUCAAUACAAUUCUCAGCGCUUCGAAGCCAGUGUUGCACGAAUGGCUGCUUCUCGACUUCCCCGAUCCGCGGCAAUGGCUCCAAGCGCGCGAUCUGUUCACGCAGACGACGGCUGUGUGGAGCAUGACGGGAUAUAUAUCCUUCUUGAGUGUGAUUGGAUUGGGCGAUCGGCACCAGGAUAACAUUCUGGUUCAGUGCAAUGGAUCGGUGUCACACGUCGAUUUCGACUGCAUCUUCGAGAAGGGAACCAUUCUGAAAGUCCCGGAGCGCGUUCCGUUCCGUUUAACGUCGAAUCUUAUCGAUGUGUUCGGUGUGAGUGGAAUCGAAGGCACGUUCCGCUGCACCUGCGAAUUGGCGAUUCGAUGCAUGCGAGAGAACCACGAUCUGCUGAUCAGCGUGCUGGAGUCGCUGCUGUACGAUCCGUUAAUGGACUGGAGAACGUUCUAUCCGGAUCCGCAUGGCGUGUCGGGCAGCAGCGUGUUCAGCAACAUUCUGAAAGUGGUAGAAAACCGACUGCGAGGCGUCUAUGGAGAGCGGAUGAUCAAUAAAAAGGAGGAGCGAAGAGGGGUGCAGGAGGAAAAGAAUGCCAGUGCGGUGAGACACACGGAGUUGUCCGUGCAGGGGCAGGUGGAGAAUGUGAUUAAGGACGCGACGGAUCUUGUAAAUUUAGCUCAAAUGUACAUUGGAUGGAUGCCUUUUAUAUGA